AUGGUGUUCCUCCGGGGUCUGCUGCUGCUCUGCCUGUCCACUCUGCACAGUCACCUAAGGUUUUUCUCUGCACAUGCCAUUGAGCAAAAGCGUCUCUUCUUAGACAAAGAUGGGCAGCUGAAGGACGUGAAAAGUGCUGGAGCUGCACAGUCCGCUCUGCUGGGAGCCAUCCCAACCCUGCCAAAUGCAGAGCUGGCAGACUUUACCUACGACAACUUCCAGGAGAUUGAUGGACCCAUGUUACCUUUCACCACCACCCCACCAGGCAGGAGGAAUGGCUGGAACCCAGAAGAUGAAGCCGUAGCUGGGGCUGUGGGCUGUCAUGAACAGCAACCAUCUGGGGAAAUUGCCUCUUCUGAAGAGGAAGGAGAGGCUGAAGAGGAAAGCUGUGAGGUGACUUGGAAGAAGAGCCAGAGGCUAGCAGAUGGCUUGAUGAGAUUCAGCAUCGGUCUCCUGAAAGAGGUCCAGCUGGAGUCCAACGGUACCAAUGUGAUCCUGUCACCCCUGAGCAUCGCCCUCGCCUUGUCUCACCUGGCACUGGGAGCAGCAAAUCAGACAGAGAAGCAUUUGCUGGAGGCAAUGCAUCUGGAGUCGGUGCCCUGUCUCCACCACAUGCUGGGCACUGUUCACAGAAGGCUCACAGAAUCCACCCUCAACCUUGCGUCGCGUCUGUACCUGCAGGAAGGAUUUGAGGUGAAAGAGAAGUUCCUGGAGGAUUCAGAGAAAUUCUACGGAGCAAAGCCCAUGACCCUUUCUGGGAUCAGUGAGGAUGAUCUUGUAGCCAUAAACCAGUGGGUGAAGGAAGCAACUAAUGGGCAAAUACCCAUGUUCCUACGGCAGCUCCCUGAAAACACAGUGAUGCUCUUGCUCAAUGCAAUCUAUUUCCAUGGAUUUUGGAGGAAUAAGUUUGAUGCUAGCUUCACUGGGCCAGAUGUAUUCCACCUUGACAAUGAGUUUGUGGUCCCGGUUGAGAUGAUGAAAGCCCAGAAGUACUCCCUGAGCUGGUUUACACUGGAGUCCCAGGACAUUCAGGUGGCCAAGUUUCCUUUUAAGAGCAACAUGAGUUUUGUGGUCAUUGUACCAAACCAGUAUACUUGGAAUACCUCUCAUGUGCUGGAGAACUUCCCUUAUAAACAACUUUGCAGGCUUUUCCCCAAAGAGGUACCCACCGCAGUGAAGAUCCCAAAAAUAAAACUGGACUACCAGCUGGAACUCAACAAUGUUCUCAGUCAAAUGGGCCUCCAGGAGCUGUUCACAAGCCCAAAUCUGCGGAAGAUCACAGAUGAUCCUCUCUUCGUAUCCAGUAUACAGCAUCAGUCUACCCUGGAGCUUAAAGAAGAUGGGGUGGAAGCAUCUGCUGCUACCAGCGUUGCAAUUUCACGCUCGGUCUCUGCCUUCAGCCUUGACCGUCCCUUUGUCUUCAUUAUCUUUGAAGAUGAAACAGGCAUCCCGCUUUUUAUAGGCAGUGUCCAGAACCCUAACCCCAAUGCUGCUCCCCAGAUAAAAGAGCCACAGGACUCACGUGAAGCAACAGAUGUCAAUGAGUACCCCAUGCCCAAAUAA